AUGUCGACAUUUCGAGGAGAUGCUGGGCAAGGAAGCUCGAAGAGCCCUUUAGUAUCAACUCCAGUGGUGUUCUUUGGAAAACGAAAGACUGAUAUAAAGAGAUCAAAACGAAGGGAGUCUUCGCUUUAUAUAACCAGUUUACAAAGCUGGCUGUUAACCCAAGCCACUCAUGCUGGCGUCCUAUUGAUAUCGAAGAACAUUACCACCAACGAUGUUGUGGAAGCAAGACGCGCAGAUAGUUUCGAACUCUCGGAAAUUGAAGAUUGGAAAGUUCCACAGCAUAAUCCGACGCUAAUGGCUCUAAUGGAAACUGCCAGAAAGAAAGCACAUUUGGGGCCAACUAGUCCGGUCCCUCUACGAUUCCUCUUCCUUCUCGUCCCAAGCACAACGAGCGCAUGUACUGGCUGCGUAUUUCUGUCCUAUAUGGACUGUCUUAUGUUCCACAUUCGGCAGCAAGUGGGAUCCGAAAAGACAUCAAUGUCUAAAGAAGCCUUUGGGCCAAACACAUUUCGAAACCACAUAUCCAACUCGCAAGUCCGAUUUCAAGAUCAGAGCUUAGCGCCACCACAACAUUCUCGUAUCCUUUGCAUAGUCGACCCCACCUUCUAUCAGACUUUGAAACUGGCAUGCCUUCGAGGGAUGCGCCACAGCCCCUCCUUCAUACAAACAGCUCCCGCCCCAAACCUUUGGAGGCCGUUCUCUUCCUCUUCCUCCAACGAUUCAGAGACAAGCCACACUCUCUCUAAUGACGGAUCCCUUCCGUUAGCAUGGACCCUCUCACCUCCCUCGGACUCGCUUCAAAUAUUAUUCAAUUUUCCAGUUUGCGGGAAAGCCGAUAGAGGAAAGCCAGGAGGCUUACCAAUCCGUCAGUGGUAUAUCGGAACGUGUUGCUACAAUGAACUACGAUCUUAUAAAUCUGCAUCAACAGUUGUGGCUGAGAAAUUGAUCGCAAUAGUCCAAGGGCCAAAAUCCACUGAAAAGCGAAAGAGAUGGAGGGGUUUCAAAUAUGCCCUUGCAAGUACUUGGAAGAAGAAAGAUGUCUCAGCCUUGCAGAUGAGGCUAGCAGAAAUACGACAGCGGCAAUACUAA